GAGUUCAACGGCGUUAGAGGUUACAGCCAAUUACCCGCCUUCAAACGACAAUGGAAGAGGGAAAAUUCCUGGAAUGUCUGAUAUUGCGGGCUUCCCCAUCGCGCGAAACGGGGUAGAAAAUCUAGGUGCCGUAUCAAUCCAUGGAAUUUCAGAAGAAUUGCUGCGAUUUCUGUUGUUGGGAUCCGGCCGGCUGCAUCUGAACCGGUCCACGAAUCUGCGCAACCAGGAGAUCCAAGGGUUUCGAUACCAUAACAGAAGGCGCUUGAGGAAGACCAGCCGUUUUGAAUUGGGAUCGAAACCGUUGAAUUGGUGUCGGGCCGGCGGCACUGAUUGCAGCUUUCCCGCAGAGAUCUUGGGGAAUUUGGCUGUUCCUCACUGGGGAAGGCGACAAUUGAAGUUUGAGGAGAGAUUACAGAGGAGAUUAAGGUUUUGGUUACUUUUUCUGUUCUAAAGAAGCUACUGGGAGCGGCCACUAUGGCUUUCUCGAUGACCCCAUUGCUGAAUGGAGAGAGAGCCGUGGUCCUGUUCUUCGUCACCAGCGUAUUGGUUUCUCUCCCGUUAUCCCUCCUCUAUCAUGGUCUUGCUCUCUCUCUUCUGACCCUGUCCGCUCUUUUCAUUGAGAUCCAAGCUGAGACUUAUAAUUCUCUCCUUCAAUUUAAGACCAGACGAGGUGCUUCAUCGGGAAUACUAUUAGGAGCAGUUACACUGCCUGCCACAAUGCUCGCUAAGAUGAUUCAACUUACCAGAGCUUUCACAUCUAAUGACAUUGGACUUGAGGAGAUCGAAACUUGGACUAUACAAUUCUGGUCCACUUCAACCUGCUGCUUGAGUGUGCUUAUGCUCCUCUGGAAUGCUAUGAAUGAGCCUGAUGUUGGUUCACAAAAUCGUUCACAUCGUCUUUGGAGGUCGAAGUUUGGUCUAGGUUGUAAGAUCUUAUAUGUGGCUGUGUGCUAUAGUUCUCUAGCAACCAUAUAUCUUAACGGUGUCCGCAUGGCUCUUCUGUUAUCAUGGAUACUCUGUCAUGGGUUCGUUGCCUCUAAAUUAAUUCGGCAUCUUCUUAGUACUUUUCCAGCUUGUGCUUCCAUCGGGGAAGCACUAUUGGUUACAGCUGGAUUUGUUCUCUACUUUGGUGACAUGCUGGGAUGUACUAUUGCUAAGAUUCUUGGGGCUUUUAGUUCGUCAGAUUUGGUUUCUGUUCAGUAUAUGAUGAACAGAAGUGAGAUUAGUCCCAUAAUUCAGGGUCUGCUGCUUGGUAUUCUUCUGUGUCCAGUGGUCUUUAAACAUCUCCACAUGUGGGAAUGCACUUUGAACACGGAAAAUCAUGAAGUUAAGAAAUACUUUGAGAUCCGAAGAUCUAUGAUAUUUUUUGCUCUCCUUGGAUUUAUUUUGAUUGUGGUCGCUCCAUCAUGGAUGAUGUUUGUUCAUGAAUUUAACACGCAUCCUUUCUUAUGGGUCAUAUCCUUUAUAUUUUCAGAACCAUUUAAAAGGCUAUCUUUGUGCGUCUACUGGUUGUCUGUUAUCUGUGCAUCUAUUCUGCGGUUCUACAAUAUCUCAAGAAGUAGCAAGAUUGAGAGAAUUCUUCUUCGCAAAUACUAUCAUCUCAUGGCUGUUUUGAUGUUUCUUCCUGCACUUAUCUUUCAGCCAAGGUUUCUCAAUCUAGCCUUUGGAGCAGCUUUGGCAGUUUUCUUGGCAUUAGAAAUAAUUCGAGUAUGGAGGAUUUGGCCUUUGGGACAACCUGUGCAUCAAUUUAUGAAUGCUUUCACAGAUCACCGUGACUCUGAACUUCUUAUUAUCAGCCACUUCUCGCUUUUAUUGGGAUGCGCACUUCCUAUUUGGAUGUCGUCUGGUUAUAAUGAUCGUCCACUAGCACCUUUUGCUGGAAUUCUGAGUCUUGGAAUUGGAGAUACAAUGGCAUCUGUUGUUGGCCACAAGUAUGGUGUCCUUCGGUGGAGCAAAACUGGCAAGAAAACCAUUGAAGGUACAGCAGCUGGUAUUACAUCUGUCCUUGCUGCUUGCUCCAUUCUACUUCCUCUUAUAGCAUCCACUGGAUAUAUUUUGACAGAGCGGUGGUUGUCUCUCCUCCUAGCCGUCACAGUUAGUGGUUUGUUGGAGGCUUACACAGCACAACUUGACAACGCAUUUAUACCACUAGUGUUCUAUAGCCUUCUUUGCUUGUAGCAUCGUCGACCAACUUAGCCUCUCAUUUAUCCCCUCAAUUUCAAGCCUUGCGUUCAUCAGGUUCGUUGCACUUUUCUUGUACAUAGAAUUCAUACCCUCUGCUGGAAUCUUCAAUACAUAGUUUUCCUUUUCUGUAUCUGAUUUCUGGAUUAGUAUUUUGGUUUCUUAGCUCUUUGCAAUUUAGAUGGUAUACUGUUAGCUGUAGAGAGGGGAGGGAUGGGGACAGAUUUUGUGUAAUUUGUAAUAAUGGGGUGAGGAUCCUUGGAAGAUGGUGUUUUAUUUUGUAGUAAAAUACUGUUGGAAGCUAUCGUUUUAUUUUUUAGAAAUACAUGUAUUACAAUAUAGUACAUAUACUUACUUUUUUGGGCUCAACCAUUGUAAUGAUGGGGAAUCGAAUCAUCGACUUUUGGAUGAUAAUUGGUGCAGUAUCGAUUGAACUAUGCUCGGAUUGAUAAUAUAAUACAUAUGCUUUGAGAAA